GUUCAUGUAUCCGAUGCGCGUCUCUUUCCGCCAUCUUUGGACAGUGAAAUCGUUGUUGAGACUUCGUGAGGAGUGUCGGAUCGACUUGUAGUGUAACGAUAGUGCGUGAACGUGGUAUCAAACAACAACGACAACGACGACGACGACGACGACGACGACGACGUGGAGGAGGCUGUCGCUCGCCAGUCGCGAGAAUUGCGAGCCGUCCGGGAUCGGUGUAGCGUGCUGAACGAGAUUCGCGGAUAAUCGGGGGACGCGGAGUCGAGGACGGUAAGUGUCGAGCACGGAGCAAGGUACAGAGAUAAGCUCUUGCCGGAAUCAUGAGUUACCCAAUGUCGACGAAUCAAUCUAGACCGAUGUCUCAAGGGAAUUAUCAGGGCCCGGGCGACUUGCCCAUGGGCUCUGCCAAGGAACAGACACUCAUGUGGCAGCAGAAUUCCUACAUGAAUGACUCAGGUAUCCAUUCCGGCGCUGUCACUCAGGCACCAUCUCUAUCUGGCAAGGAAGAUGAGGAGAUGGAAGGGGAUCAGCUGAUGUUCGAUCUGGAUCAAGGGUUUGCACAGGGUUUCACACAAGAUCAAGUUGAUGAAAUGAAUCAGCAACUGAGUCACACUCGAUCACAGCGUGUUCGUGCUGCUAUGUUUCCUGAAACAUUGGAAGAAGGUGUAGAGAUACCUUCCACGCAAUUUGAUCCCGCACAGCCCACCGCUGUACAGAGAUUGGCCGAGCCGAGUCAAAUGCUGAAGCAUGCCGUCGUCAAUUUGAUAAAUUAUCAGGACGAUGCUGAUCUUGCUACGCGCGCUAUUCCAGAAUUGAUCAAAUUGUUGAAUGAUGAGGAUCAGGUGGUUGUUUCUCAAGCGGCCAUGAUGGUACAUCAACUGUCUAAGAAGGAAGCCUCUCGUCAUGCUAUUAUGAACAGCAUGCAGAUGGUAGCCGCCUUAGUGCGAGCUAUCUCUAACAGCGAGGAUUUAGAAUCGACGAAGGCUGCAGUUGGCACCUUGCACAAUUUAUCGCAUCAUCGACAAGGCUUGCUAGCUAUUUUCAAGAGCGGCGGAAUUCCUGCGCUUGUAAAACUACUGAGUUCCCCAGUAGAGUCUGUUCUCUUUUACGCAAUAACAACGCUACACAACUUAUUGCUUCACCAAGACGGCUCUAAGAUGGCCGUGCGCCUUGCCGGUGGUUUGCAAAAAAUGGUCGCUCUACUUCAACGGAAUAACGUUAAAUUUCUAGCCAUUGUUACCGAUUGUCUGCAGAUUCUGGCAUAUGGAAAUCAGGAGAGCAAGCUGAUUAUUCUUGCUUCGCAAGGCCCGAUAGAGCUUGUGCGCAUCAUGCGUUCUUACGAAUAUGAGAAAUUGUUGUGGACCACUUCGAGAGUAUUGAAAGUAUUGUCUGUUUGUCCUAGUAAUAAACCCGCGAUUGUGGAGGCUGGUGGUAUGCAGGCACUUGCCAUGCAUCUUGCAAAUCCGAGUCAAAGAUUAGUGCAGAAUUGUUUGUGGACAUUGCGUAAUCUAUCAGACGCUGGCACAAAGGUUGACGGACUCGAUAAUUUAUUGCAGAGUCUCGUGCUUGUGCUCGGAUCAGCAGACGUAAAUGUGGUUACGUGCGCUGCUGGCAUUUUGUCAAACUUAACCUGUAAUAAUCAGCGUAACAAAGUUGCAGUAUGUAAUUUUGGUGGUGUCGACGCUCUGGUUCGUACGAUCAUCAAUGCCGGUGAUCGGGAGGAAAUCACCGAACCAGCGGUGUGCGCCUUACGUCACUUGACCUCGCGUCACGGCGAAGCGGAAAUGGCACAAAAUUCCGUUCGAAUAAAUUAUGGUAUUCAAGUUAUAGUCAAAUUACUUCACCCGCCGUCGCGCUGGCCAUUGGUGAAAGCAGUUAUUGGAUUAAUCCGCAACUUGGCUCUUUGUCCUUCUAAUCACAUCCCGUUACGCGACCACGGCGCAAUACAUCAUCUUGUAAGACUCUUGAUGCGUGCAUUCCAGGAUACUCAACGACAACGAUCAUCUGUUGCUAGUACCGGAAGUCAACAAACAUCGGGUGCAUAUGCAGAUGGAGUACGAAUGGAAGAAAUAGUAGAAGGUUCAGUAGGUGCUCUUCAUAUUCUUGCAAGAGAGUCCAAUAAUAGGAUGAUAAUUCGAUCGCAGAACGUAAUUCCGAUUUUCGUACAACUAUUAUUCAAUGAGAUUGAAAAUAUUCAACGUGUGGCAGCCGGUGUACUUUGCGAACUGGCAGCUGACAAAGAAGGUGCCGAAAUAAUAGAACAGGAGGGUGCAACCGCCCCGUUGACAGAGCUGCUACACUCCAGGAAUGAGGGUGUGGCUACUUACGCAGCGGCAGUGCUAUUCCGCAUGAGCGAAGAUAAGCCCCAAGAGUACAAAAAACGACUUUCCAUGGAGCUGACGAAUUCCUUAUUCCGUGAAGAUACAAAUCUGUGGAACAAUGCCGACUUCAGCAUGGCUCCGGAUCUUCAGCUACCUAAUCUUCAGGACAUGCUUGGCCCUGAACAAGGCUAUGAUGGUAUGUAUGGCCAAGGACCUCCUAGCGUACACAGCAGCCAUGGCGGUCGGGGUUAUCAACCGCAAGGUUAUGACCAGAUACCAGUAGAUUCGAUGCAAGGAUUAGAGAUAGGUGGUGGAUCGACAUAUGGCGCAAUGGACACUAUGGACGUGGCGCAUGAUGGUGACUUGAGUUUCGAUCACUUGGAAGAGCUUCCUGCACCGCCGCAAGAUAACAACCAGGUCGCAGCCUGGUACGACACCGAUCUCUGAAUCCGUGCCAUUUUCGAUCUCACGAGACAGCAAGGGAAUUCAAAAAGCAGGAGCAUUAUUUUAAAGUAUUAAGCGAACUUUCAUAGUAGAGUCUCGAUUAUCCGAGCACUACGAUUGAAUGUCCGCAUUCUAAACUCAAGAGUCAGAACCAAUUGUCCCGAUCUUUCCUAAUAGUUCUCAUUUUUAUUUUCAUGACGCAUGCGUACAAUGAAAAUGUGUCUGUUAUCCCUCUUUUUUUAGCUUACUUUUUUAAAAUCAUUUUCUUGCCGAUUUAUGAUCGGCAUUCAAACCGAGCGUUGACGAUUGUUGAGUGAAUGACAUGCCAAGCGAUCACGCAAUGCUUGGUAUCCCGAUUCAUGAUAUAGAUGACUUUGAAUAGUGUACUUUAAGACUUACGAACGAUCGUAUCUUAAUAAUUAAUUAAAUGACGCUCGGGAAAUCUCGGGAUUCAUGUUCGACAUAAAGUAAUACCGAUUGGUGACUAUCGUGUCUCGACUGUCUGUCGGUCCGCGAGAAGUCACUCUCGAAUAUAAAAAAUCGGUUAGUCGCGCUAUAGUUGACAUCUUCCUAUAGUCCACGUUCGUUUCGUCAGACGGAAAAUGAAACAUUCGCGCUAAUUCAUAUCGACCCAAAAAAAUAUAUCGCCUGUAUGUAAUCGCCUAAUAUGAUCAUUCACCCGAACAUAUAAACAUUAUAUCGAUGUAUUAGAAUUAAG